CUCUCUCUCUCUCUACUUUACUUCCAUGGCGAUCUCCACCUCUCUCUCCUCCUCCUCCUCCUCCUCCUCCUCCUCCCUCGCUCACACUCUACGCGGCUCCUCCUCAUCCCCCUCCAUGUGCGCGGCCUCGCCGACCUUCGCCCGCGACCCGCGGCCACCGGCCUGGGGCCGGGCCCUCCGGAAGUGGCGCGCCGCUCCCCGCGAGGGGGCGCCGCCGUCGGCGAGGACUUGCCGGCCGACUACGGCGAGCGGUUCCCCGAGGCCGACCCGGGCGAGCGGAGGCGCGCCGGGGUUCUCCUCCACCCGACGUCGUUCCGGGGCCCGUACGGGAUUGGGGACCUCGGCGAGGAGGCGUUCCGCUUCCUGGACUGGCUGCACGCCUCCGGUUGCUCCGUCUGGCAGGUUCUCCCUCUCGUCCCCCCUGCGAGGAAACCUUAUGAAGGGGGGGUCUCCUUAUUCUGGCCAGGUGACAUAACUUCCUUUCGCUAUUGUUUUGUUAGUCGUGCGAUUUCUUUCUUUUCGUUGUUUGAAUAACUUUGUGAAUUGGCCUUUCUGAGAGAGAGUUUAUGCCGCAAGCAGUCAGCAACGGACAGUUUACUGUCCCUUGCUGAGUGGUUGUUAUAUUGUGGGAAUGAUGAUUGGCCUUUGACUCUUUAAUUCAGUUUGCAUGAUUAGCUUUUGUCAUAGUGGAAUUUGAAAACUUACACCAACAGGACUUCAUCCUUAUAAAAACUGAAUUGAGCCCCACCGGGCAUGCAGUCCUGUGGAUGCAUUUAAGGAGAGUUCCAUUGUGGUUGACAGGAUGCUAAUUGUGGUAACA